UUUCUUCGGACGACAAGGCGGGACGCAUGACGUCACAAAGUGGAAACAACAAACUUCCCAGCACGUGUGGACGCGGUGCAUUGUACAGAAAACCUCAGCACCGAGGAACAGGGGACACAAAGGUGAAUCUCCGCUUUUCUCCAUCUUUACCCAUUGAGACUUCACAUCAGGACAACCCACAACAGACACCGCAUGGUGAAAAUAUGAAGAAAUCAACAUUUGGGUCAGAGACUUUGAAAAGAUCCUUUUUGCAGAUAAGUUCUCAUCCGUUUUUUUUUUUCAUUAGUAACAAUCCACAACGGGUGAAUAGUGCAAAUCCAGAAGCUGUGCAUGUCUGUCAAGAGCAAAAGAGAAGUUUGAAAUGCCAAACUAGAGACAACGGCAGUCAGCAGAACCAUACAAGUCAAAGAAUCUAUGGCUGUUCUGAAUGUGGAAAACAAUUUUCAAAGAAACAGUAUCUUGAAAAACACACAGUAAUUCAUACUGGCGAGAAACGCUAUGGCUGUUCUGAAUGUGGGAGAUGCUUUACAACAAGAACACAUCUUAAGAGACACACACUCAUUCAUACUGGAGAGAAACGCUAUUGCUGUUCUGAAUGUGGCAAACGAUUCGCCAGAAGUGGAGGACUUAAGAGCCACAAGAGAACUCACACUGGGGAAAAGCCUCACUGUUGUUCCAAGUGUGGUAAAUAUUUCUCAAGAGACAGCAGUCUUGAGGAACAGAAAAGAAUUCAUACUUGUGAAAAACCCCAUUCCUGCUCUGAAUGUGGGAAAGGAUUUGCAAGAAGUACACACCUUAAGGUCCACACACGAACUCAUACUGGCGAAAAACCCUACUGCUGUGCUGUAUGUGGGAAAGGAUUUGUAAAACGAGAGGGUCUCAAAAACCAUGAGAGAAUUCAUACUGGAGAAAAACCUUAUGGCUGUUCUGAAUGUGGGAAAGGAUUUUCAAGAAAACAGCAUGUUAAGAUCCACAUGAGACAGCAUACUGGGGAGCAGCCAUAUGGCUGUUUGGAAUGUGGCAGGAGAUUCUCAGAAAACAGACAGCUUAAGAAGCACAUGGAAAAACACAAUGGGGGGAUGUCUUGAAGGAGUAAGAUGGAGGGUGAAGAAGAAGAGAAUGAAGGAAGAAGUGAAAUAUUGCCUCUCCAAACUACUCUAGUUUUGACGAGUACCUUCAUGUGGUAGGCUGCAUUAUACAGUAUAUCUAUGGAAUCUCUUCAAGACGAAACUACUCGUGUAGUAUGAGGACCCAAUAAAGUCAUUCAUACUGAUUACUGGCUUCAUGAUUUUAACUUUGACACAGCACAU